GGGCGGGGCGCGCGUCAGUCGCGUAGCGAACGCUAUAUUGUAAGAACGUCGGGUGGCGCCGCGCCAGCCCGUCGCGUGCUAGUGUUGUGUCACAGCGGUGGGCCAGGUCGGUUUCGAGAUUUCUUCGUUCCGACGUAAAUCAUGGCUCUCAACUCGGACGCUGAACAGAAAUCGAACCUGGUCCUCCGCGUGGACCAGGAUUCUGACUCGGUUCUACAGUCAUUGUUCGACACAGUGCUUAAGCCGGACUCGAAACGACCGCUACAGGUGCCUCUCCGAAUGCGACAGCUUCCAAAGUCGUUCUUUAACCCGCCGUCAACCGGUUCCAAGUCGCCAUCUGUGUCUCACUCGCGAGAAAACUCGGCUGACUCGGCGUUCGGAUCGUCGUCCGCGACUGGCGCCUCACCGGUGUCGCACUCUCGAGCACAUUCGUCACCCGCAAGCUUGCAACAAACUUAUGCCGCUGGACAACAAAACCAACAACCGCCACUCCACCAUCAGCACACAAAACAGAGAUCCUAUGAUGUUGGAACACAUAUCCCAGAUGAUCUUGGCCCACUCCCACCUGGUUGGGAACAAGCACGGACACCGGAAGGACAGAUAUAUUAUCUUAAGUAAGUUUUCUCUUACCUAAUAUAUAAUACUUAC